AUUGGUCGAGCUGUACGAUGGUUAUUAAUGGUAUCUUAAGCAACGACGCGGGUAUCUUCAAAACAAGAGGAAGUCCUCGAGAUGGCUACCGUCGAACACAACGGAGUUAUAAAAAUAUCGCCUCAAGUUUCGACUGCAUAUUUACAGAUAUCAUGCAACAACGAAUUUGUUGCCUUACCAGCCACAAGUGAUGAAAUUGGUAUCUGGAAGGUAAAAGAAUGUGACAAAAGGCCAGUGCACUUGAGAAGUCAUAUGACACAAGUCAGUGCACUUUGUUUUGGACAUCUGAAAAACCCAACUUACCUUUGCACUGCUUCGGAUGAUGCAAUUUACCUAUGGCAAACAGAAAAAGUGUUCAUAGACUACAAAACAGGACAAUUCACUGAAGGAGUUAAAGUUGCCAAGGAGCUAGGGCAUUGCAAUCAUCUCUGUUUUAAUUAUGAUGACUCCUGUAUUUCUGCUUGCAUUGAAAAAGAAGUCUGGAUUAUAAAUGUUCAGACACUUGAACUCGUUGCAAAAUUAGCUAAUCACACAGGGAACGUAACUGGCUCAAUAUUUUGUCCUCAUGACCUGAAUACCUUUGUCACUAUAUCAGAAGACAGAACCUUCAAUAUAUGGAACGCGAAAAAGGCAGCACUUCUCUAUCAGUCCCCGAUUAUCUGUGCCUCGCCUUUUUGGUCAGUUGCAAUGCAUCCAGAGUAUAAACAUUUGGCUAUUGGCAGUGGAGAUGGAAAGGUUCGUGUUUUCGAUUUGGUAAGCCAUCGCUGCUUCCAUGAAGUUGAUAUAUCAAGUGCAGUUGCAAAGCAUGAAUUUGCAAGGCAAAACAGCUCUUGUUCUUCAAACUCUGAUCAGAGUGAUAGCAGUUCUGGUAGCUCCAAAAAGAAACCAGUCGCCCAUGGCAACAAAUAUCAUGAUGAUGAUGAUAACGACAGUGAAGCUGAAGAAGAGGAAACUGAGCACAGCCUUGCUGUUUUGAGUCUGGCCUACUGGAAAGAAAAUAUUUGCCCUAAUGGAACUGAUGCUGAUAAUGACGAUCCCUCUUCAAAUUAUGAUGGGGUUGUUAGGGAAGUCCUUAAAGACCCACCAUUCCUAAUAGCUGGUUGCACCUCGAGACUGGUACUGUUUGACGCCAAUACAAUGGAUAUCGUUUUCCACUUAAAUUUAAUGGAGCCUAUGAUAUGCCAGAAUGCAUUCGACCCUGUAGAGUACAGUGUUUCAAGUGCGGGCUGCUUCGCCUUCGCUAUUUCAAAGGAUACUUGUUCGAUACAUUGUCUCGCUGGCAGCAUGUUUGAAAGCAAUGUCCAUGUUUUGACGAUCCAACCUGAGCGGACACUUCAUAUGCAAUCUGACACAUCGGAAACGAGCGAAAACAGCGAAGCUUGGUCUGACAGCCAAGAAAGUAAUAAGGAAACAAAAAGCAGCCCACCGCCUGAACUCACUGUAUUAUCAAGCGCUCCAGUUGCAAAGGGCUCCCCACUGCUCUCUGUAUUCGAAUCUAAAAAGCCUGCCACAAAAGGAAAAAACACUGCAAACGAUAAAGACAAGAUGAAUCAACCUUUGACUUUCCAGAAAAAAGUGAAGUCAUCAGGCUAUACUGAAAAACCGAGGUCGGCGAUGUUCAAGCCUAAAACAAAUGGCUCGAAAACAAAGGACUUGUUUGCAAAGAAGGCGGCGGAUGUUAUGAAAAUCUCAUCUAUGUUUCCUACGAAGGCAUCAUACCAAUAUCCAACAAAGAGCGACCCCCCUAUUCAACUCAAGCAGAAAUUUAAACUCCCCACUAGCGCUACAAAGAUCAAUUCUCUACAAUUCUCUGUUGAUGGAAGGCAGAUAGCAUGUGCCCUUGGAAAUAAGAAUUCAUUUUUGUUCAAAAUGCCAUACAAUGAAAAAGUUUCAACUCUCGUUGGCCAUGACAACGUUGUGAACAGUGCCAUGUUCAGUCAUGACAAGGCAUUCGUCGUAACAUCAUCUGAUGACAAAACUGCCAAGAUUUGGACACAAAACAGCCAAUCGCCCCUAUUAAACUUCUCAAACAUAAAACAUAAUUUCCAGUCUGAAAAAGUAGGAUCAACAUCGGACAAGGAAAAUCCUCCAUUUCCGAAAGAAAUCACAAAAGCAUCGUUUUACUAUGUCGACAAAUUUAUCCUUCUAUCCUGCUUGAAUACCCUUUAUAUGUACAAGUAUAACAUCGAAGAAACAAAACAGGAAAUCAAAAGAUAUCAAACAAUGAAUAGAUACAAACUUGUUCGGAAAUUUGAAAUCAAAGGUGCUCAGCAUAUAACAACAUUUUCUGGCAUCAACGGAUUCUAUUCUUACAUUGUCCUUGCUGCGUGUUCUGAUAAAAGUGUAGCGGUAUUUGAUAUGAACACAGGUACAGUUGCAAGACGAAUGAAAAAUGCACACACUAGAAAUGUUCAUACAAUCUGCCAAAAUCAGGGUUCUCCAUACGUCACUCAUCCCUCAGAAGCGUACGAUCUGUUCUUGACAUCAGCUGCCACCGAUGGAAUUAAGCUUUGGGACUUGAGAGCUGAUCGUUGUGUUCGAAAGUUUGAUGGUCAUGUGAACAGAUCGCAGACUGUUGGAGUCGCGUACAGCCCUUGUUCGCGGUUCAUUGCAACUGGUUCAGAAGAUCGAAGCGCCUAUGUCUUUGAUAUUCGCAACAGCUCGUAUCUGCAUCGUCUAUCUGGCCAAUCGGACGUCGUCUCGUGUGUCGAUUUCCAUCCGCACAUUCCAAUGCUGGUCACUGGAAGCCUUGAUGGUGAGGUUCGCUGUUACCAAGACAUGUAGAUCCAAAGGUAUUUUGUUGCUUAGUCUUGAGCUCGAGGUGACGUCACAAAUUUUCCAUGAUGCAAUAAACACGAAGUCAACUAACAGCUGCACAGUUGUAUUGAUACCUUUAAUUUAAAGCGUUCUCGAGCUUUGUCCAUAUUGCCAAAAGUCUUAAAACACUAGCGUCAGU